CGAGCAUCUGUCACCGGGAGCAGAGUAGCCUGGCGGCCGCUGUUGGAACCAGCUUCAGGACCAGCCCGAGGACACUGAUGGAUGGUCUAGGCUACAUGUGCUCUGGUGGAGGAGCCGGAGGAGAGGUAGCAGGAAGGAGAACUCCCCUUGGAGCUGUGGGCAUUGGGUCUCCAUAUUACUUCCCUCCGUCAUCUUCAGCUGUACAAUCAGAUGAGAACAAUCCAGAUCAUCAACAAAACCACGGCAAUAGGCUAGCAGUAGGCCAAGCAAGUGGUGUAAGUGGUCCAGGAGGGAAAGCAAAAUCCAGGCAGGGUAAGCUUGUGAGGUUGAACAUCAACGCAAGGGAGAGGCGACGUAUGCAUGAUUUGAAUGAUGCUUUGGAUGAACUUCGAUCAGUCAUUCCGUACGCCCAUUCUCCAAGUGUGAGGAAGUUAUCAAAAAUAGCAACACUACUCUUGGCGAAAAACUACAUCCUGAUGCAGGCAAAUGCUCUUGAUGAACUUAGGCGUCUUAUAACUUACCUGCAGGCUCAGGGACCCAUGGCGAUCCCACCAGGAUUCGACCUUCACGCAGCUAUGUUCCCUAAGCCCCCAGGAUCACCUCACCAGUCGCAGCCGGAGUCUGACCAGUCCUGAGAUUUCUAGUCAAUUGAAUUCUUGUUUCCAAGAAUAAUUAUGUUGCCUAUUGUAUUGGUAUUGUAAUUCUAAAGCUAGUCACAAAACUAGUCAAUGAUAACUGCACAGAUUUUUUUUCUGGAUUUAUUUAUUUUCUUUUUUUUUCUUUUCUUAUACACAC